AUGUCAAGACGCCGGGCCCUGCUCAUUAAACUUGUAACUUAUUUUUUCCGAUUAAAAAGGAGUUAUGCUGUUUUAUGUACAAGUCAUUAUAUUCUUGGUAUUGGGGAUCGACAUCAAUCGAAUUUUCUCAUUGAUACAUCAUCAGGACAAGUUAUUGGUAUUGAUAUUGGUUCAGCAUUUAAUGCUGCAACUAUUCAUUUACCUGUUCCUGAACUUAUACCUAUUCGUUUAACAUGA